AGUCUCACAAUAAAGGUCAACUUCAGUCAAACAGACCAAUCAAUGAAGUCCUUUUUUUCUCAGAACAAUCGAUGAUUUGCAGAAAUCAUAUAAACUCUAAUACUGCUUGCUACAUGCCAACUUGUCCAAUGAUUCCACUCAACAAACUUAUUGCAUACCUAUCUUCUGCCACAAGAUCAAUAGACAUCUGCGUAUACUUUUUCACUUGUAAUGCCAUAGUUAAUGAAAUCAUCAAAAUGCAUCGCAAAAAUAUAAUCAUCAGAGUGAUUACAGAUGAUGAAUCUUCUUCAAAUGAAUCAAGUCAAAUAUAUACUCUGAGGAAAGCAGGUAUUAAAGUACGAACUAAAAAUUCCACUUACCUUAUGCACCAUAAGUUUGCUCUCGUGGAUAGGAAACUUUUAAUAUCUGGCAGUGCCAAUUGGACAAUACAAGCUUUUUUUGGCAACUGUGAAAAUAUUAUUGUAACAAAUCAAUCAGAGCUUGUAAGCGCUUAUGUCAAUGAAUUCGAAAAAGUUUGGUUGCGUUUUAAUGGCGAAUUUAAUACUAGCUUACAAAAUUUCCUGACUAUUUAGUUUGAGGACAAUAAUCCAUAAAAAAAUCAUUGGUCGAUUACAUUCCAUAAGACCAAUCUUGAAGACCUGACAUAACUUCAGAUCAUCUAUUUCUGAAUUUGAACAAUUGAUCAUAAUCAAAAUAAGAGGCAUGCUUAUCUAUUUUACAGUAAUGAUUAGGAAAUAAAUUUAUUUAAACAUAUCCAAACAAUUUUUUUUUUAUCAAUCUUAGAUGAAAAAAGUACAAAAAGCAGUUUGCUGUAAUUUUACAUUUUGUUCUUGCGUUUAGUUCGCAUUUUAGAGUACUGAUAUGAUUAAUAUUAGAUUAGAUAAUGACAUGGUAAUCUUUUAUAAUAUUUAUGCCUUUUUUUAACAGCUUGCUUAAUCUUGCCAUAUAUUAUGAAAAAGCUUUGAAUUAUCUAUAAGACUGUUUUUUCGUUUUAGAGGUAUAAUUUAUUUUUUUACUGUAAACUUAACGUAUAACUGACCAAAGUUGAUUAAAGUUAAAGUUAAUAUUAAUCAUAACAAUAAUGAGAGGUAUUUUCAAAGAGUUAUUUUAUUACUAAUUGAAGGGUAUAGAAAUCCGAUUUCUUUCAAGAGCGUGAUGACUUUUUUUCUUAAUUUUCAUUAUUGCGUUCACAUAACAGUGUAAACCAGUUAUGAUGAAAACGACUUUUAACUGAUAAGGAACUGAUUUUAUAACUAAAUAUAUCGAACCACAUUUUUACCAAGAAUCUUUUACAAAAAUAUUUUGUACUUUUGAUAUUCCGAUUUGUAUUAUUGUAAAUAAAACAAAUGUUUCUACAUAAUCGUCGUUAUUCAUUUAUUGUCGAUUAUGUUAGUUACGAUUUAUUUGAAUUAAAAAAAGUUUUAGCUCGUAUCAUUGUUUUGUGUAUCAUCGUUUUUACUUCGAUUAACUGGAUUAGGGUUUAAAAGCUUUGAUAGGCCGUUAUCGACGAUGGCAAUGGCAACGUCACAGCACUCAAUAGAAAUUCUCGGCUAAGUGAUGAUAGGGUUCUUAUCUUGUAAAAUAUGUAAGGAAACAUGCAGAGUAGAGAAUACCUAACGUUAUGGUGUAGAUGUGCAGGUGGAGAAAAAUGAAUAAUUUCGUAAAUUUCAAAUCGAUCGUUCAUACGUAUCACUUAUCGAAGAUUAUAAAUUGAUAGAAAAACGUUGACUGUGUACUUGAAGUAAUCGUGACGCGGUGUCAAAUAUCUCGUAAUUAUCAUCAUAGCUGUUUUGGUUCCGAUACAACUAUUCUCAUAAUGUUGAGAAGAAAAGUUUGGGCAAUCAUCUGCAUCUCGCAGUUUUUCUGUGUAUUUUGUCGAGGCGAUUUGUCGAACAAGUAUCUGUAUUUGAACGAGACGUCGGCAGAGGAUACUUCACUCGAUAACGAGUCGAUAGUCAUUGAAGAUUUAAAAAUAGUCAAAGCUUCCGCCGAUUCGCUGACCGUAUCCUGGAGUGCGAAUCACGAAAAUUUAACUUCAUAUUUGAUACAAUGGUUCAAGGACGACGAAUUCGUGGGCAAUGCGAGCAAGAUCUUUUCCUUCCAAGAUAAAAUCGAAUUCACAAUCGAGUCGUUGGAGGCUUGCAUCAUCUACAACAUCACGGUUACACCUCAGACGAUCUUCGACAUCGAUAACGAUGCAAGUGAAAGUGUAAUCGGUAAAACCGCCUCGACACAACCAGACGCGCCCCUGAUACAAAGCGCGAGUCCUGGAAAAAUCAACGACGCGCUUAUGCUGAACGUGUCCUGGAAAGUGCCAAAAGUCGGAAGGUAUUGCAUCAAGCACUACUUGGUCAGGGCCGAGGCGCAAAUUCACAAUUUGAAACACUUCGUGACUCAAAACACCCCCAAUACGAGUAUAGUUUUACCGGACCUCCAUGCGUGUACUUCGUACAAGGUGAUCGUCAAAGCGAUCGAUCGAAACGACGGCAAAGGAUUGGAAUCCUCGAUUCAGGCGAAACCUACAUUGGACAAAGUUACCAUAGCACCAAAACUGGUGAACAGCAUCAACGUGCCGCCGUUCAUAUCCACGAGAACGACGAUCACCUUGAACUGGAACGUUUUGGACCAAAAAAAUAACUGCUCCAUCGACUCGGUGUGGACCGACUGUAAUUACUCCUACACGGAGGGAUAUGGAUUCGAGGUGAAGGAAAGAGGAACUACUAACGUGACGACCCAUGGGCAGAACCCUAGGAUCGUGAGACUUCUGGUCCAGGAUCUCAGCCCGUUUACCAAAUACAUCUGCUGGGGCUGGACUAUCAAUUCUGCUGGUUGGAGUCGUUUUGGGAUGCCAGUGCCGGUUUUCACCAAGGAAGACGUGCCCUCGGCUCCGGAAAACUUUCGUCACCUGGAGAACACCCAAUUCACAUUCGCAUGGGAUGCCCCGAAGUCGAUGCCGGGUCAGCUGCAGAAGUACAAGCUAACGACCUCCUGGAAACCGCUCUAUCCUGUGCCCGACUUCUGUAACGUCACCCGCAGAGCUGUCAUGGAGAACAUUCGUCCUACUGCCAACAACUACACCUGGAAAGGUGGCGAGGGAUACUCCGAGUACACGGCCAACAUAGAAGCAAGGACAGAUGCCGGUUGGGGAUCCAAGAGCGAAAGCAUCACGUUUCUCAGUGGCCAGAAAGGAGUGCCCGAUAAGGUCACGAAUUUGGAUUGCGAAACCAGGCUUAGGAAGAACGACUCCAAUGCUCUGGAGACCAUCCUGUCUUGGAAUUUGCCCUGCUCGCUGAAAGGACGACUGAAGCAAUUCGAAUUGAGGGUAUUUGGCUCGAGACCCCAUUCGGAAAAUCACGUCAUCAGCAGCCUUAUAUUAAUCCAAGAUAUCGACGGUUUGAGAAAAAAUAAAAAGUUCAGCUAUAACUUCGGAGAGUUGAGACCUCAAUACUCUUACAUAUUCAGCGUUUCCGCCGCCAUACACGGGACAGAUGAGAAGGGCGAAGUCGCCAAAUUUGACACCGAGUAUCCAGCCGGAAUUCCACCUCAACCGAACAAGACUUACAUAAAAUCCAUAACUCUGAAUCCAAACAAAAUUCAACGCACCCCAACGUCCUUCGAGAUCUUGUUACCUCUGUUUUCGCACGAGAACGGCAAUGUGCAAUACUACGCUAUCUUGGUAUCCCAGUUAGGUUUUAACAAGGAACAGCGCAAUAUGAGAUUUGAUUCGAAAAAUGGGGAUUGGCCAGACGUGGCGUCCUGGAGAGAGUCAAUGGAAAGAGAUUUCAAACUGCCUUAUCAGGCCUCGGAACCGAGAUGGUCGCCUUAUCCGAAUCACAUCCUCGAUUACGGAAGCAUACAAGCGGUGAAAAUCGUCAUAGGUGACGACAUCACUUGUAAGGAUGUAUCGAUGACAACGAAAGGUAGAUUGUAUUGUAAUGGGCCUCUUAAACCCGACACUUGGUACGAAGUACGAAUGAGGGCAUUCACAUACGGAGGAUAUGCUGAUUCGGCACCGUUUAAAGUGAAAACCGAUGCGGAAAUGAGUGUGGGUAUGAUUAUUGGUAUCGUGAUCGGAAUACUGCUGAUAGGAAUUAUUGUUGCUUUGUUGUUAGCUUGGAAAUCGCACGCAAAACGAAAAGAGAAAAAGUCAACGGAGCAGGAGGAGAACGAUCAAGAUAGAAAUAGAAAUAGAAGAUUAACAAUGAACAUGCAUUCUCACAGUUAUGAAAAUUCCGCUGCGAGAACUAGGCGGCGUUACGAACAAUAAAGAUACAAAAUAUUUUUUUUGAAUUUUUACCAACAAAAUAUUUAAAUGGCACGAAUUUUACAAUUUUUGUAAUAAUUAAUAUCUUUAAAGUUGUAUUUAUUUAAAAUUAUAAAACUAUACUAACAAUAUUAAAUAAAAAUGUUUUGAGGAGAAUUCGUGGAUAUCAUGUGUGUACAGAGAGUUUUGAAGCUGGUCAAGCAAAAUCAAUUGAAGAAAGUAA